AGUAUCUGGAUGUCUUGAGUUUCCUUGCCAUUCUGCUCUGUUUCUCCAGCAUCUCAUAACUAGAUGUGGGCAUUAGACGUGACAAUCAGCUACAUUUGAGCUGAACAGGAGAAAUAUUAAAGGCAUAGUCUUCAGAAGAAAUGCCUCAAAGGCAGCCUCAGUCACCUAAUGAGACUUUGAUUUCAAUCACAAAUGACACAGAAUCAUCCAGCCCUGUCGUUCCUAAUGAUACCAAAAAUAAAGGAUGGACAGGAGACAAUACUCCAGGAAUAGAAGCAUUGUGUGCCAUCUAUAUAACGUCUGCUGUGAUCAUUUCAGUGGGCAUCCUUGGAAAUGCUAUUCUCAUCAAAGUCUUUUUCAAGACCAAAUCCAUGCAAACGGUUCCAAAUAUUUUCAUCACUAGCCUGGCUUUUGGAGAUCUUUUACUUCUGCUAACUUGUGUGCCAGUGGAAGUAACCCACUACCUUGCAGAAGAAUGGAUGUUCGGAAGAAUUGGAUGUAAGGUGCUCUCUUUCAUCCGGCUCACUUCUGUUGGUGUAUCAGUGUUCACGUUAACAAUUCUCAGCGCUGACAGAUACAAGGCAAUUGUAAAGCCACUGGAGCAACAGCCCUCCAAUGCCAUCCUGAAGACCUAUGCCAAAGCUGGCUGCAUCUGGAUCAUGUCUAUGAUAAUUGCUGUACCUGAGGCUAUAUUUUCAAAUGUAUAUACUUUUCGAGAUCCCAACAAAAAUACAACGUUUGAAUCAUGUACCUCUUAUCCUGCUUCAAAGAGGCUCGUGCAAGAGAUACAUUCUCUGCUGUGCUUCUUGGUGUUCUACAUGAUUCCACUCUCUGUUAUCUCUGUCUAUUAUUCUUUGAUUGCUAGGGCUCUUUACAAAAGUACCUUGCACAUGCCUAUUGAGGAACACAAACAUGCCCACAGGCAGAUUGAAUCCCGGAAGAGAACUGCCAAAACGGUGUUGGUGUUGGUGGCUCUAUUUGCUCUCUGCUGGUUUCCGAGUCACCUUUUGUAUGUCUACCGCUCAUUUGCUUAUGAAACCUAUGUGGACCCCUCUGCUGUUCAUUUUGUAGUCACCAUUUUGUCUCGGGUUCUGGCUUUCAGCAAUUCCUGUGUAAAUCCUUUUGCUCUUUACUGGCUGAGCAAAACCUUCCAGGAGCAUUUUAAAGCAGAGUUAUUCUGCUGCAAGGCAAAGCAGCCUGACUCUCUAACUGCGGAUAUAUCUCUUGACAACCUGACUGUGAUGGGAAGGGUUCCGUGUGCUGGGAGCAUGCAGGUUUCUGAAAUUAGUGCGACCUUGUUCACUGGGUGUAGUGUGAAAGAAGAAGACAGAGUCUAGAUUUUAAAUUAAAAUAGUAUUUUUCCUCCCAGCGUGUGUAUUUGAUUCUGAGCUG